UCAAUCCCUGUAAAGGAGUCCGCACAUGUCACUGCUGCCUGUUGACACUGGCAAAAAUGUUAGUUUCAUUUAGCAUUCUUAAUAAGUAAAUAUUAGGGCAAAAAUAUAUGUUUUGUUCUUUCUCAAGCUGGUCUUGAGUCUCGAAAUGCUAACAUCUACUGGGCACAGAUGUGAGACCAGCAGGAAAUACUGGACUCCAACCAUCUCUGAUUAGAAAGAAGUGGAGGAAGAUCCCAGUCUGCAAUCCAGUCAACAGCAGUAGAGCUGAGUCGAGCUGCUCCUCAUUUUUCAAGAGGACAAGACCACAGCUGGUGGCCGAAGCAACAUGGCUCCAUCCCUUCUUGCUGCAGCAGGAGGACUUCUGUUACUUUUCUCCUUGUCAUCAGCACAAACCAGAGGAGACAACCUUGGAAAUUGCAAUCCCAAUGACGGCUUUGGAAAGUAUUGUCCUACAACAUGUGGAGUGACUGAUUACAUGUUGAGAUAUAUGCCAAUGGUGGACGAUGAUUUAGAAGAUAUGAUAAGGGAUCUGGAGAACAUAGCUAAUCUGACUCAGGAGGCUGAAGAAACAGUCGUCUACAUGAAAGAUUCUGCUACUUCAGCUCAAAAGAGUUCCCCUGGCGACACAUACUUCAAAAAGUCAUCGAGCAUGCUGGAUGAUGUUGUUCGGUUUGAAAAGACCAUCCUCUCACAAGAACAACAAAUGUUUGAACUUCAAAAUGUACUCACAUCCAACGAGAGGAGAAUGGCAGACUUGAAACAACUCUCCAUCCAGCUGCAGCAGAAAUGCAAUGAGCCCUGCAAAGACGGUGUGGCGAUCCAGCCCCUCACAGGGACAGACUGUCAGGAUGUUGCAAACAAAGGGGCCACCACCAGCGGUCUGUACUUUUUGAAACCAGCUCAAGCCACCGAGCAGUUCCUGGUCUACUGUGAGAUUGACAACUUUGGACGCGGCUUCACAGUAAUACAGAGGAGACGUGAUGGCAGCGUUGACUUCCACAAAGACUGGACCCAGUACAAGAACGGCUUCGGUUACCUCUCACCAGACGACACCACAGAGUUCUGGCUCGGAAACGAUAAGAUCCAUCAGCUGACAGCCGGAACGACCAUCCCGACCGUGCUGAGGAUAGAGCUUGUUGACUGGGAGGGCAACACAAAAUAUGCUGACUAUACCAUGUUCAGAGUGGGGCCAGAGGUUGACAACUACCGUCUAACUUACGGCUACUACCUUGGCGGUGAUGCUGGAGAUGCUUUCGAUGGCUUUGACUUUGGUGAUGAUCCCAGCGACAAGUUCUACACAUCUCACAACGGCAUGCUGUUCAGCACCUUUGACAAGGACAACGACAAGUACGACGGCAACUGUGCCCAGCAGGACGGCUCCGGCUGGUGGAUGAACAGAUGUCACGCUGCACAUUUGAAUGGAAAAUAUUACCCAGGUGGCAGGUACACACAAAAGGAUGCCGGUGAAUUUGGCUUCGACAACGGUAUCAUUUGGGUCACAUGGCACAACCGCUGGUACUCCCUGAAAGAGACCACCAUGAAGCUCAUCCCCCUCAGCCGUCUCGCAGCAGGCGGCGGACAGCAGGCGGGGGUCAAACAGUUUAGUGGACUUUCCUAAAGAGUAAACUAAAAUGCUUGUGGUGUGCCGUGGAGGUGUUCAGCGCAACAGCACUGAAACCACAUUAAACUAAAACAUCAUUCCUCCAUGAGAAAAUUUGUGACUCGACAUGUUGUGACUUGGUGCGACAUGCGUGGGACCUGUCCUUUAGUGUUGUUUUGAGCACUUAAUAAAUGUCUUUGCUUAACAAA